AUGACAACGAAAUGCUUUCAAUUUAGACAUCCCACCCGUCUUUUGAAACAAGAACGCGAAAAAGAAAAACAGAAUAAUUCGACUUUUGCACCUACAUACAAAAAGUCGCUUUCCGACAGUAUCAAAAGCGAAUAUCUAGAAAACUAUGCCAUCUUAUUAGUCAAGAUGUACAUAAUCAGAACAAUCUACGCCCUUGCCCAUUGGGAGGAGACCGAUGGCAGUGCCAAUGAAAAAAAAUGGCCGGAGAAAACCAAGACGGUAGCUCUUCCGACAUACUAUGUGUUGCGAAAGUGUAUCCAAUACGUUGGAUGCUAUCACUUUUUCUGUUUCUUGGAAGAGUCACAGUUUCAAGGCAAAGGAUUACCCAAGAAACACAUGCAAACAAUAAAAGACGGUCAACAUAGUAAGUACCAGACCAGACUAUUAAAAGCUGCUGGUAAAAGAUUCCAUGUCUUGUUCAAGGAGUUUAAGUACGGGGCUCUUGCUAUUGUAAUUCCUUACUCCGUUGCAGCCUUUGAACGAUGGAGCAGGGAAAAAUUCAAGAAGUUCAUUAGUGUUAUUAAGCAGGAUAAGGCCUUAACGAAGGAACUACAAGAUCUUCAGCUUCGCUCGACUUCUUUGAACAAAACUGGAGAAUUACACUACAUACAUUAUAAAGACAGCGACUACAUAUAUUAUAAAGACAGCGACUACAUAUAUUAUAAAGACAGCGACUACAUUUAUUGCAAUGAUAUUCAAAAUAAUAAAGAAGUUCACUUUUGCUACUUGGCUUUCAUUCAAGGUCGUAGUGUUUCAUUGAUCCUAAUUGUGACAAAAUGA